AUGUCACACGGCAUUGCCCGUGUUCCGCGAGCGGCGGUUGCAGGUGCGGGGCUCGAGGGUGGGCGAAGACCCGCCCCACCUUGCAUCGCACCGAUCACCGCAGCUCGACAGGCCGCGGCGGCGGCGGCGGCCCGAACUAUCUGGCGUCCAUGGGCGUCCCAACAAGCGGGUAGCAGCACUGCCAGGGGUCCCUCACAGCGGUCACCACGUGUGCGCGAAGCUGCAGCUGAACUGGAGGCUUCACGUAUUCCGCCGCCUCAGACCAGGACUCCACCGACGGCGUCUCGGCCGCUCGCGCCCCCGCCGCUGCUGGUCUGGUCACCUGCAGGAGACGGGCGCCUGUCGCCGCCGCCACGGCCCCACCUCAGGCCGCCGCCGCCGCCGCCAUGUUCCUCCGCGGUGCCGGAACCGAUAGACGCUGAGGCUACCGUCACGCCGCCGUCGCCGUCGCCCAUGGAGGUCGUUGCUCCAGCUCCUCAUCUGAGCAUACGCAGUGGCGAAUUGGAGGCUUCACGGAUUCCGCCGCCUCAGCCCACGACUCCACCGACGGCGCCUCCGCUGCUCGCGCCCCCACCACGGGCGGGCCUCCGGUCGUCGCCGUCGCCCUGUCGGUCCAGUCACCUCCACAGGACGGGCGCCUCUAGCCUCCGCAACGUUCCCAUCCCCGGCCACCGCGUUCCUCUGCGCUGCCGGAACCGAUGGACGCUGAGGCUGCCGACACGCCGCCGCCGCCGUGGCCCAUAG